AUGAUCUACUCUCUUAAACAAUCAACCUUCCUCUCUAUCUUCGCUCUCCUUCUUACACUCACCGCACAAGUCGCGGCGGUAGAUGUUUGGGCCUUCAGGAGCGAGCAGACCUGCGCUGGCGUGGGGGUCAUCUGGUACAACCCCCCGUCCGGGGUCUGCCUCGCCCACUACGAUACUACUGUAUACGGAUGGUCACUCGCGUUCGACGGACUCCCAAACGGAUCAUCAGCCCGAGGUUACAAAAACGGCGGAUGUACCACCGAUUGGGCCCUCUCUUAUGGGCCAGGUGACGUCUGUAUGCCUGCCUGGGGCCAGACCUACAGCGGGGCCAUGUGGGUGGCAGGGAACGGUCGCGUAGUCAGCGGACCAGGAGGCAACGUUACCGAAGUUCAGGAAGGAGGACGCACCAUCUACAUCAAUAACGACGAGGACGGGGGCGAUGUUGUUGGAGGAAGUUGCGAGACCAGUGCGUUCCCUGACGCCUUCGCAUACGAGGACGCAGACGGCGUCAGGCGCACGGUGAAGCUUCCCAAGGUGGAGAAUGCGACAGCGGUGGCGUUUGGACAUUACGAUGCCAAGAGAUGGGAUGUGUUGGCCGGGUACGAGGCCGUUGAGUCUGCUUAG